AUGUCAUCUACAUCAAGAAAAAAGGACACGCCAAACUUCUGGACACAAUCAGAGGGUUUGCAGCCAGAUGGCUUGUUGAGCCAGCAGGCGAUCAAGGGAAAUUUCUCGCUGCAGAAUGUUCUGAGCACCAAUCACAUCUCUGUGACGCUCAGCGAUGAAAACGCGUCUAUUCCUGCAAACGAUCCGGUGGUAUCAUGCUUGAUCAAUUACCAAGUCGCCCGUUCUUUAUUUGAGAAUUUCAUGACGAAACUAAAUCCAUAUGUUAGCCAGCUAGACCCCGAACUGCACUCUUUUACCUAUGUGCGAUAUAAGUCCCCCUUCCUCUUUACAACUGUCCUGGCGGCGGCAUCCAAGGCCUUCAAUUCUGCCUUAUACACUACGCUCCAUGCACAUGCCGAAGAUCUAUUCUCUCAAUGCCUUCGCAAAGGUGAAAAAUCCACAGAGUUAGUCCAGGCAAUUCUUAUCCUCACCUACUGGAAGGAACCCAAUGAUGCGCGUGCCUGGAUGUCACUCGGUCUCGCCAUUAGAAUGGGGUCAGACUUGAACUGGCAUGCAUUGACGGCUCAUGGAACCAACUCAACGGAGAGCGGUCAAAGAGAAGCCAGGAAUGUAGAACGAACGUGGCUGGUUCUUUUUGUCUAUGACCGCAGCCACACCACAGAAACAUGCCAUUCGUUCUUGAUUCAGUUUUAUGGAGCCCACCUACGGCUACAGUUGUUUUCUCUCCCUCUUCAAGACACGAUAUUCAAUCCGAAGGAGGGCGAAACUGCAGAGAUCAAGCCUUUUUGGACUAGCUAUGAAAGCGCUCUCUCCAUGCUCAACCUGGUGACAGAGUUCUCGUCUCAUUUGUACCUCGCUCAGGACUCGGUGCAUGUCAUGACCGCGUACGCAGCGAUCUUUCUCAUGAAGGUUGGCAUAAUGUGCUCUAAGCUCAUGACGGCCGAUAUGGAAUCAACUGUUUUGGGGCUAAUUGACAAGGCUGCUGCCACUUUCAAUGACCAGUCUGCUCCCCACGGCUCCAGCUGUACUCUACAGGCCCGGUUCCUAGAGAAUCUCCUUGCUCAGUAUCGCACUGCUCAAAACCGGCCGGCAGUAGCCCAGCAGCCUAGAGAGCUAUCUUCGGUACCCGGAAAUAUCCAUUAUCGGGACCAGUUACCUCAACAAUCCAUGGCGAGUUCGGGUGUCACCCCAUCUGCCCGUACCUCGUCCCAGGCGCUAGUCGCCACUGCCGCCCUAAAUGACACUAGUGCACAAAUUAUCGCGUCCAAUGACGUCUUCUUCAGCUCCAAUCCAACCUCAAGCCCAUCGAACGGAGCAUCGCACGAAACUUCGGAGAGUCCAGAGUUGCUAGAUGAGCGCCCAGAUCUACUGUUUCAAGAAGAGAUGUGGGUCGACAUGGUCGCCAAUGCGGGGUUUGAUCUUCACGAUGGCAUCUUCUACCAUCUAGAGUGA